AUGGAUUACGAGCCCCGACAACAAAGGCACAACACCUCAUGUAUCGAGACUGGCGACAAUACUGGGUUGUACAACGAGAAACUGAAUAGUCCGUCGUGUUAUGACGAUGAUGAGGAUAAAAAGCUGCGACUUCCACUUGAAAGUCAAGAUGAAGGAACUCGACAAACCCAGUAUCCACAAACAAUCAACAACAUGUCUUCUCCUCGCUGCGUAGCCCGUGUAGACAAUCAUACCAUGGGCAACUCUUUGCCCAGGUAUCUCGAGAUCAAAGUCCACCAAGCAAUCCUCGAAAGAGUCUAUGACGGAAUCACAGUGAUUGGACUUUACAAUCGAUCACCUCCGUCAAUCAUCUUUGAUGGCGAGAAAAAGGGCAAACCCUUCAACUGGCAGCGGCCCGCGGCCCAGGUCAUUGACAAUCACCUCUACAUUGAGUGCUUCCCGGGACAGGAUCACAUUGAACACUAUGCCGAGCUUAUCUCGACAUAUCUGGGCAUUCGCCAGCGACUUGGAGAUGUCCUUACUCCACCGUCCAAAGUAUUCUAUCAGCGGUCUACAAUUCCAGAGAUCCGCCACGCACUGCAUUCGACCAAUCUUCGAGACUUUCCCAAGAAUAUCGACACUGUAGUGCUCGGUCAUAUCGACCGCAUGGAGCGCUUGACUGGGCCCCUCACGUGGACGUCGUCCGGCGCAUUCGACUGGGCAAUCCAAUCGUUUGGCCAGCGUCAGGUGGCGUUUCUCGGAUGCCGUUUCUGUUACUGGGGAGACCUCGGCGGCGAAGUAGUUCAUUACCUCGCCUCGCAACGUGGCGCUCGCGAGGUGAUUUACCAGGGAAAACUGGGUGGUAUCAAAAAGGGCGUCCGGCCCAACAGCUGGCUGGCCACGGGGAGUCGCUCGUACGUACACGGACGGAUCGUCGAGUGGGACAAUAUGCUCGCCGAGUCUGUCGCGGCGGCAGGGCAGGCCGCCACCAUUGUCGGCACGCACUUGACCCUGAGCAGCGUCCUGCACGAGACCAAGGACUGGCUGGCUUCUCUGCCGAGCGACGCGGACUUUGUCGACCCCGAGAUUGGCAUGAUGGCUUUGGCGGCAAAGCGUAAUGGGAUUCGCUUUGGUUACUUGCACCUCAUCUCGGAUAAUGUGGCGGAGAAAUAUGAAGAGGACUUGUCCAACGAGAGAACGGACAGCGUCCUCUCUCGCAGGGUUAAGCUCUAUGAAGUUGUGCAUGAUGUGUUGCGACACUAUCUCAACUCCCCUCCCAGGACUCCAUAA